AUGAAUGAAAUUGAAAUAGCUGCUACAUUACAUGUACAAUACCGGGCUCUGCAGUGUUGCAUUCUAUCAUACUAUAUCAAAAUGGCCACAGCGGUACAGAACCCUCUCAAAUCGCAAUCCGGAGGUGCAGUCAUCAAGAACAGUCUUGGUGAGGAGUUCUAUAAGGAGGCCAUUGAACACUGUCGCAGCUACAAUGCCCGUCUGUGCGCCGAGCGCUCCAUGCGUCUCCCCUUCCUGGACUCCCAGACCGGCGUGGCCCAGAGCAACUGCUACAUCUGGAUGGAGAAGAACCACCGCGGACCAGGUCAUGCUCCAGGUCAGUUGUACACAUAUCCUGCCCGAUGCUGGCGCAAGAAGAGACGGCUAAACAUCCUGGAGGACCCACGGCUUGUACCGAUCGAGUUCAAGAUCGACUACGAGGCUUCUCUAAAGAAGGAGGGGGGCAUACCAGAUGGUCCCGUGUUGGAGUCGCUGCUCGCCGGGGAAACCCUGGACAAGAAGGUAGAAACCAAGGAAGAAGAGCCAAUGAGCGAGUGUCAGAAGCUGCUGGUUGGGGAUUUCCCUCAUGAGUUAGAUGUGGACGAGAUGGAGGAAGACGUCCCGAAACGCAAGAACCGUACCAAAGGACGGGCCUACGGUGUCGGGGGCAUGAGGAAGAGACAAGAGCCGUCUGCCAUUGAAGACAGAGACAAGCCUUACGUCUGUGACAUCUGUGGAAAGCGCUAUAAGAACCGCCCAGGGCUGAGUUACCAUUAUACUCACACACACCUGGCAGAUGAGGAGGGGGAAGAAGACUCGGAGCGACACACGCUACCCUUCCAGCGCAAGAACAACCACAAGCCCAAGAAAGCACCGGACGGCUCAGUGAUCGCCAACGGCUACUGCGACUUCUGCCUCGGAGGCUCAAAGAAGACUGGCUGUCCUGAAGACCUUAUCUCCUGUGCAGACUGUGGACGCUCAGGCCACCCGUCCUGUCUGCAGUUCACAGUGAACAUGACGGCUGCGGUGAGGACUUAUCGCUGGCAGUGCAUCGAGUGCAAGUCCUGCAGUCUGUGUGGCACCUCUGAGAACGACGACCAACUGUUGUUCUGUGAUGAUUGUGACAGAGGCUACCACAUGUACUGUCUGAGCCCUCCCAUGUCUGAACCACCAGAGGGGAGCUGGAGCUGUCAUCUGUGUCUGAGACAUCUGAAGGAGAAGGCCUCAGCCUACAUCACCCUCACUUAAUCUGCGGAGCUGCACCUCAUCAUCUUGGCCCUUCAUCUUCUCCCAAAUCACCUCUUCGUCACCCCUCUCUGUGCCUCAGCUGCCCCCCCUCCUCCUCCGAUCUACUCGCCGCCACUUCCUCUACAAUCCGUCCCAGUGACCUUUGACACGACUGAGCACACAGCAUCCACAGCGGCUAACCGACCUCCGUCCUUUUUUGUCACUCACAUUCCCUGAUGCUUGACCUAAACCCCAACUCCUCUGCCUUUUUCCUGCUCUGUCUCAACAGAGGAAUUCAUCAGCUGACAAUAAGUUUGCUAGCAAGACACACACUCCAGCCUGCCAAGGGCACUUCAGAGGCAUACUGCUCAACAGGAACCCUCUUAAGGGCCCUCAGAAGAGCCCUAAUGAUCUUCAGCUGCAACUCAGUCAAGUAGUGAGUGUGAAUUAAUAAAAUGGAUAGGUGUUAGGUCGAGGACAGGGCUUGGAAGACCCUGGAUAACCGUGGACCAGCAGGUUUCAUUGUUAGCCAACUGUGAAAUAUACACCUAACCAAAAUUUCAUUUACUCCCUCUGUCCUUUACCAUGUACAGUAGAGCUGAGAUGUUGGACUGCUCUGCUAGUUGUCUGCAGGGCUCGCUGCCCAGUGCAGUUUCGAAGGGGAGUGAAUUGUACAGAAUUCAGACUGAUUCUCCAUCUAAGCACUCUUCACAACUCCUCUCACUGGCAAACAAUGAGCAUCUGGUCAGGAACUCAAACCAUCUUUGACCUCGCCGCGUCCUCUCUCCUUGCAUGGGGUUUCCACAAAUUAAUGAUGCAUUUUGGGAUUGACACUGAAGGUUUUUAUUGUGUUUGGAUGUGAUCCUCAGAUGAGAGGAGAGAUGGAUUUUUUCUCUAAUCAGCUGUCUCUGAUCAAACAGUGUAUUUAAAAAAGACAAUUUAGGCUUAGCAUCUCUCACAAAUCCUUUACCUGACCUUCAAUCGCCCUUCCCUUCGAUGAAACCAUGACUGUGAAGCCAAUGCGAGACUGAAACACUCCUGGUGCUUGGUGUGUAUUAUCUGUGUGUUAAGAAUGUAGGAUUGAUGUGUGGACAAUGCAGAACUUUGUCUGGCUCAUGCCGAGGACUAAAAACAUAUUUUUUAUGAUUCUUUUUUUAUUUAUUGUUUUCAUUUGCAUGUUGUUAUUUCAAUUGCUUUUAAAUACUUUUAAUUGAAAUUGAAAAAGAAAGCACACUUAAUUCGCAAUAAUGUGUUUGUGAUAUGAACUCUUUUGGCCAAACUGGGUGUGUUUUAAACUGUGUGUGCCUGUGUGUCUGUUUGUGUGAGUUUAUCUGAGCUCUACAGUAAUUGUUGCCAGUUUCAUGCUAGGUGGUAUCUGUGAGGGGAUUUGAGUAGCACGAACGUAAUGUGAAUGUAAGGAAACUCAGCAUUAACCUGUUCAGGCAUUCUGACAGAGGUGGGACAAAGUCAUUGUUGUUGCAAGUCGAAAGCCUCGAGUCUUGGCACUGAAGUCCUGAGUCAAGACCAGCAAGUGUUGAAGACAUAGCUUGACAUUUUGGGGCAAUAGAUUGAAAAUCAAAGUGUAAAACAAACAAGUUUUGGCCGUAACUCCCGACACAUAACCCGUCUUAACAAACAUAACUUGUUGCUUUUACCCUUUGUUUUUUUGUACAGAUUAAACAAAUGAGAUCUAGAGCAGACACCAUUAGAUGCCAGUAGGUUGAUUUUGUUACCUUUGGACAGAGCCAGUCUUAAUGCUAAGCUACGCUAACUGUCUUCUUAUUUAUCAGACAGAUAUGAGAGUGGUAUCAAUCUUCUCAUAUAAAUAUUGGCAAUAUAGUGAAUAAGCGUAUUUCCAAAAAUGUCAAACAAUUUCUUAACAUCAAGUCCAAGUCUCAAACAUCUACAUCUCAAAAGUUCUGAUCUUCUUGCCAAAUUAAACGCCAUUUAAAAUCAUUAACUUCACAGUAACAUCUGCAUUUGAUUUAUUCCUAUGCAUACUUCUUAGGUGAUACUAUGUUUCCACCCUUUUUUCUCUCUGUCAACGCUCAAUUUAGUUCAACAUAUCUUGGAUAAAUAUCACCACAACACACUGACUGUGUCUAGGGUCAUUGAUUUUAUGUUAGCUGAGAGGCUAAGCUCUUUGUUACUAGCUUAAAGCGAUACUCCAACCAAAAUAUGGCCUUUUAGGAUCAAACACGCAAUACUUUUCGCCUUGAACGGUGGCUUUUAACAGACACUAAACCACUCCUGUAACUUAAUCCACUUCUCCGCUGUAUAUUUAGAUCUAAAGAGUCAUAGUGUUCCCAUAAUAUGGCUAAGAACACAGCCCUGGAAAACACUCGCUUACAUGUGCACACUUGAGCGACAUACAGAAUCUUUAGCUUUAAUAAAGAAAUGUAUUAUUUGGGCUUAGCGAGGUUACCAAAAGGCUAAUGUUUAAGUGAAGUCAUUGGUGUUAAAGUCAAGGUCACAUUACAAGUUGAAUUAGCAUGCUAGCUUGCGAGCUCUGUUUUGUGAGAGUGAAACAUGGCAAGAGAUGUUUUUCUUAAAAUUCUGCCAGUCUGCUCUGCACGUUAGAAUCCAGUAUAAUAAAUCAGCGUUUGAAGGCCAAGCUGAAAUGUUAAGGCUGAGUUUUUCAUAAUGAGAUUCAUCAAGUAAACCAGCCAGCAUGUAUAUUUGUACUGAGAAACAUUGUUUUCUUUUAACUCAAAGGCCCAUUAUGUUAUCCUCGACCAGUUAACUACACUUCUCAAGGCGACCUUAAUGGGCACAUUAAUGCUGAAGCGCUGAUUUAGGAGGAUGUUUGCAACAUUUCUGAAUUGUUUGAUAUAGAAGGCAACUAUCCAAUGAUGUGUGAGCUUUAAGCUGGGAAACAAUAGCUGUAUGGGAAUUGAAUUAAGGGCAACAAAUUGCCUGUUCAUACAGUAUUUCAUGUUCUUGUGUACAUAUCAAAGUACAAAACAGGUCAAAUUCAGUUGGUUUUAGUUUGAAUGAUCUCAUCUCAUUUUAAUGCUGCAUCAUGUCUCUAAAUGGAAACUCGCAAGAUCAGAUGGCUUGUGAGAAUGGACGUUGACGUGUAAUUGUGUUGCCAUAUGAUACAGAAAGACAUUAGGUGCAAAUACUGUGCUAGCCCUCAAUGUGACUCCACUGAUGCAUGAAUGGCAUCUGAAAUGUUUCUGAUUUUAUAUUUUGAUAUCGUCAGUAUUACUUUUUUAAAUGAUGAUGAGGAAUAACCUUUAAUUUAUGUUAAUUUCAUGUUUGUUUGCUUUUGUAAUCUGUGUCUUUUCACAUUUUGCACAGUGUGGUUGCAUUUGCUCCCCAAGUGUGUUUAUGCCUCUGUGUGUGUGUGUGUGUGUGUGUGUGUGUGUGUGUGUGUGUGUGUGUGUGUGUGUGUGUGUGUGUGUGUGCGUGUUACCACUUAUGAUUACAGGAAGGUCAGAGAAAAGCAAACCGAACCAAAAUAGUGAAUUAUUAUUAUUCUGCAGACAUUUCUUUUCUCAGUGGAACCACUUGCAUGGCCCAGCACUGCUAGAAGAUUAUAAUGCCGUGUACAGAUGACAACAACAGAAUACUUGAGUGUAGACAUUUCACACAAGGCACUUGGAUAAAGAAGAAUGCUGUUAUGCAUCCUACAGUGUGCUUAGUCAGUGUUAUAAAACCAGUAGUAUCCAAUCAAAAACUGUUUAUUUCCAUUAACCAAUCAGAGCAUCUAGAGUUGAAAUGUGUUUGAGUGGAUAUAGUUUGAUAAUGAAAUGGAUGUUAAUGAUGAUGUUCAAUCGAUAAUAGAAAUGUCUGUGUCGUGUUGCCGAUGAUGAGGAUGCUGAUGAUGAUGAUGAUGGAAAAGCCUUUAAAUUGGGAGCUUUCCUGGCACUUAAUAGGAUAAGCUUGGUGGAGUCAAACUCAUUUUGAUUGUACUAUCUGGGUAGGUUGGGGAAGACAUGUUGUUUUGGAAGGGUGAGUAUCAGUGUGAUUAUUAAAUGAAACUUGAGCCUUUGUACAAAUGGACAAACCAAGGUGGUGGUGAUGGAGGUUCAAGUGUCAAACAAAGCCACACCAGGAACCUCCAGGCCUCAAGUUGACGCCAUUACCCCAAUCUCCCCCCCAUCAUAAGCUGUAGGGGUGGCUCGGCCAAAGGGUUGAGACUUUGGCCCACUCCAGGCCUCUCUUGUAAAUUGUCGUUCUGUGAUCUUGCUUGCACUUUUUUUUUUUUCAUUUCCCAAAAAUAAGAAACUAAUUGUAAGUAUGUAUGUGUGUGAGUGCGGGUGCACUUUUUUAUUUUUAAUCUUUACCUUUUUUCAACGUGAUUGUCUGUUGUAAACAACACUGGAUAAAGAUGAGUUUUUCAUUUGUAUUUUUUACCUUGAGAGGAAGAUGAAAUCUUCUUGGACAUUUUUUAACCCCCCCCCCCCCCCCCCCCCCCCUCCCUCUCUUUCUCUACCUGGGAAUGCUUUGAAAUGUGGACUGUGACCGCAUUGCUGUCAUCACUGCUGUCAGUCAUUCUCUGUGAAUUCAUCCGACUUUCUCAAUUUACCCAGUUUUUUCUCUCUUCCCUUGACUCAUUUUUUUCCAUUAAAAAAAUGAGAUUGAAAAAUGA